AUGAAGCUGACACUCCUCUCCCUCCUGGCCCUCGUUUCCAGCUGCUCUUCUCUUCCGGGGAUUGCAAUCAACAAUGGCGAUGUAAGACGGGCCGGCUCAUGCGAGAAUACACCAACAUCUCGACACUGCUGGGGCCAAUAUAAUGUUGACACGAACUAUUACACCACGAUACCAGACACGGGCAAGACCGUCGAGGUCUGGUUAUCUGUCCAAGAAGGGACCUGCAAUCAAGAUGGAUACAAACGCCCAUGUAUGACGUUCAAUGGUACAAUGCCGGGUCCACCUAUAGUCGCCGACUGGGGAGACGACCUCGUUGUCCAUGUCACAAACAACCUGAAGACCAACGGCACAGCCAUCCACUGGCACGGCGUCCGCCAGCUUAACAGUGUCGAGCAGGACGGAGUCCCCGGAGUUACCCAAUGCCCUAUCCGCCCAGGAGAGAGCUACACUUACAAGUUCAAAGUCACCCAGUACGGCUCGAGCUGGUACCACAGUCAUUUUUCGCUGCAAUACACGGAGGGUCUAUUUGGUCCCCUGAUAUUUAAAGGCCCUACAACAGCCGACUACGACGAAGAUAUGGGCGUGCUAUUCCUCCAAGACUGGUCUCAUACCUCUACGUUCACCGACUGGAAUGCAAAAGAGAAAUAUGGGAUCACCAAAUCGUUGAACAGCCUUCUGAUCAAUGGCACCAACUCGUUCAACUGCACUGGCUCUCAGGAUGCUAACUGUGUUGGCGGCGGAAAGAAAUUCGAGGCUGUCUUCCAGCCAGGCAAAAAAUAUCUUAUCCGCCUGGUGAACGUUGCGAUGGACAGCCUGUUUCAGUUCAACAUCGACGGUCACAAAUUCAAAGUGAUUGCUACUGAUUUUGUGCCCAUAGUGCCGUACGAGACCGAUAACGUCUUGGUCAAUGUUGGGGAGAGAUAUGAUGUUAUUGUCGAAGCAAAUGCUACUCCGGGAGAUUACUGGAUGCGCGGCGGCUGGCUGAGAGCGUGCCAGGGCGUUGCCAACGAUAACCCCAGCGCUAUAACAGGCAUCGUACGGUAUAACUCUGGCAGCACCAAGACCCCCACGACCACCAGCACCAUCCAGCCCCCCAAAUUCUGCGCUGAUGAGCCUGCAGCAAGCCUAGUCCCUCGCGUAAAGUUCGAUGUCACAAAUAUCACCGACACGACCGUUGAGGAUAUAAACGUCCGGCUUACGCACACGGCCUUAUUCCAAUGGACUAUUAACGGAAGUAGCUUGGCACUUGACUGGAACAAGCCGACCCUGAGACACAUCUUCAAUAACGCCUCAAGUUUCCCUACCCCUUACAACGUCGUGGCUGUUGAUAGAAAGUCUGCUACCGGCGAUGAGUGGGCCGUAUUAGUGAUUGAGAAUACGGCUGCGGCUCUAUUUUCAAACAUCGCACACCCUAUCCAUCUUCAUGGACAUGAUUUCUGGAUUCUUGCCCAGGAAACCGGUAAAAAAUGGGACGGAACGGCGAAAUCGUUCAGGACUACGAAUGCACCGCGACGAGACACCGCUUUGCUCCCUGCAAGGGGCUACCUUGCCAUCGCAUUCCGGCUUGACAAUCCCGGUGCAUGGCUCAUCCACUGCCAUAUCGCGUGGCAUAGUAGUCAGGGCCUUGCAUUGGAGUUCGUUGAGAGUCCAAAGUCCAUCUCGGUUGGUAGUGCGAAUAAGAUGGUUUUCGAUGACACCUGCGCAUCGUGGGAGAAGUGGUCACCCAGUUCACCAUGGCCACAGGAUGACUCGGGCAUUUAG